AUGGCGCCGCUGAAGAUCUGCUGCGUGGUCUCCUUCUCCUCGCAGGACCCGAAAUAUCCCGUGGAGAACCUCUUGCUGGAAGAGGGGCUCCGGCCCUGGCUCUGCUGCCCCUCGGACCACAGCCGGCAGCUGAGGGCCGAGUUGCAACUGGAGCAGGCCGGUUGCAUUGGCUACAUCGAUGUAGGGAACUCGGGCUCCGCUUUCCUCCAGAUCGAGGUGGGCCGCUCCUCCUGGCCUCCUGGCCGCGAUUAUCUCACGCUGCUGCCCACCGCCACCUUGAUGAUGCCAGUGGAUGCCAAGCUGGACCAGAACCGCUCCGGGGUCCGGAUGUUUAAAGAAGGGGACCUGCUGGCUUCGGCUCUGGCGGAGAAGUGGGACCGAGUGCGGGUCACCUGCAGCCAGCCCUUCAACAGGCACGCCCAGUUCGGCCUCGCCUUCCUUCGCAUCCGCACCCCGCAGGAUACGGAGGGCAGCCCGGGGGAGCCAGCAGCCCCCUCCCCUUGUCAGCCGACCAACUGGAAGGAGAUAGUCAACAAGAAGCUCAAAUUUCCCGAAGGUCUCCUGGCUGCCAUUCAAGAUGGCCAGCUGACGAAGAUCCAGCAGAUGUUGCAGAUCAGUGACGGGAUCCUGCGGCAGCUGGAUGAAACGGAGGACCGGCCAGAUUACCUGGCGCUGGAGAACUUGUGCCAGGAGUUUGCCUUUGAGCUGAUGGGCAUGUGCCGCAACCAGAGCGAGGUGACGGCCAUCCUGAACGAGUUGGGGGACGACGCCGUGGACGACGAUGAAGAGAUGGACGACCAGGCCUUUGAGGAGGGCAUCCCCAACCUGGCCAGGCUCAGACUGGCCGUCAACUACAACCAGAAACGGUUUGUGGCCCACCCCGUCUGCCAGCAAGUCCUCUCGUCCAUCUGGUGUGGGAGCCUGCCCAGCUGGCGGGGCAGCAAAAGCCUCUGGAAGGUCUUCGUCUCCUUCUCCAUCUUCCUGGCCAUGCCCUUCCUCGCCCUGACCUACUUCUUCGCCCCCAAAUCCAAGAUCGGCAAAAUGCUGAAGAUCCCGGUGAUCAAAUUCCUGCUGCACUCGGCCUCCUACGUCUGGUUCCUGGUCUUCCUGCUGGUGGAGUCCCUGAUCCUGGAGCGCCAUCAGGAGGUCUUCAUGGGGCGCAACCAGAGCUUGUGGGAGACGUCCCUUCACAUGAUCUGGGUCACAGGCUUCUUCUGGUUUGAGUGCAAGGAGGUCUGGAUCGAAGGGCUGCGCAGCUACCUGCUCGACUGGUGGAACUUCCUGGACAUCGUCAUCCUGAGCAUGUACUUGGCUUCCUUU